UCCACUGUUUUUCCCCUUCUUUCUUUUUUCUCUCUAUUCUGUAUAAAUUGAAAAAGAAAAAAAACAAAACUUUUCUCAAACCAGCACCCUCUGCGAUUUGAUCCCGGGCCGGGGAUCUCCUAAUUUGGUUCUUCACACUCACUCUCUCAUCUUCUUAGCCGUUCUUCUUUGCUCUAGUUUUCCCUCCAAAUUCUGCUACGCCAACAAUCCUCACUUCUCUCCAAACUCAAUCACCUAUAUGCAGGUUAACUAGAAGAGGGAGCUAUGGCCUCGUGUUUCCAGGCAGCUGCGCUAGUUGCUUCGCCAUUGUACCCCAACGCCAUUGCCUGGUCUCAAGAGAACCUGAUUGCUGUUGCCUCCGGUCACCUAGUCACGAUCCUAAAUCCAGCAUUGCCUUUUGGACCUCGAGGCCUGAUCACGAUUCCCAGUAGCGAGCCGUUUCGUAUCGGGGUUAUCAAAAGAGAAGAAUUGUUGACUGGUCCUCUGUUGCCGAUUUGUCUGAACCCGAGACCCUCGUCCUUGUGUUCGAUCCCUUUCGUGGUCCGAUAUCGGAAUGGCACCUAAUUCAGGGUGUUUGCUGGCUGUUUGCUCGGCUGAAGGACGGGUCAAGCUCUAUCGUCCUCCCUAUCAUGAUUUUUGUGCUGAUUGGGUACAGGUUAUGGACAUAACAGACAUGCUCUCUAAUUAUCUCUCAACUAUCAGUUUCAGGAAGCUAGCUACUCCUUCCUCAGGAGUUUCUAAUAAACAAGCAAAAGAGCAUGACCAGCUAGAUGAAGAUUCAAUCUCUGUUUCAAGACGGGAAAGCAAGCAAAGACGGCUGACAAUCAACAAGUGUUCCAGUACUUAUCAAGAAUAUUCAUCAGACUGUGAAAACAACAAUGAUAAUGAUGCUGUCUUCAGCCCUUCCUCUGAAAUGGAGGGCCAGAGAGUGCCUGAGGCAUUUGAGAUUAAAUCUGAGAAAAAUUCACGUAAGAAAGCCUCUGUGUCUAAAACUGAGAGGAAUACUGUCAACAAGAUAGCUGAAGAUUGUAGCCUCCCACUGAUAACUACAGAUCAGUAUGCAUCUCGCAAUGCAACAUUAUCAUCAGUUGUUGUUUCUUGGUCUCCAGUGCUAAGAGUAUCAUCAAAAACUUGCCAACUUGCUCAACAUGAUUCAUCCAAUCGCUUCUGUCUACUAGCUGUUGGUGCAAAGUCAGGUCAAAUUUCUCUCUGGAGAAUUCAUGCACCAGAAUGCUAUUACAUUGAGCACAGUAAUUCCUCAAUGUCUGCGAUUCUUAUUGGGCUGCUUCAGGCACAUACGUCAUGGGUUACAACAGUGAGUUGGGGAUUGCUUGAUGCUGAAUGUUCAAAUCCUCAAGUUUUGUUGGCUACUGGAAGUUCUGAUGGGAGUGUGAGGAUUUGGCUGGGAUAUGGUGAGGAUCUGCGGAAGUUAUCAGAAGUUGAUGAUUCUCCAGUUUUUCUAUUAAAAGAGAUGAUAACUGUUAAUACUGUCCCAGUCUCAGUACUUUCGCUUAUUUAUGCCUAUCCAUCAUUCCAAUCAAAGAAUGUUGUUGGCGAUUGGCAAAUUUUCUGGAUCUUUUUGAAGUAUGGACAUGUGAUAUAUCCAGCCAAAAAUUUGAGAGAACUGGUUCAUGCAAUGCUCACGAUCAAGUUGUUACAGGUUUAGCCUGGGCAUUUGAUGGAUGCUGUUUGUACAGCUGCAGUCAGGUAACACUUGUUUAGCUGAAUUAUUACAAGUGCUUGGUUCAUGCUUUGAAUCAUUGUUGAAUCAAACUUGAUUUUUUUCUUGAGAGAAGAAUGGAACUUGCUACAGUUUGAUUUCGUUUUAUCUUUGUCUUGCAUCUUCAACAUUGUAAUUUCAUAUUUUUGUUAUGCUCUUUCUCUGUAGGCUAUUUAUUUCGGGUUAAAAUCUUCAAUACAUUAUUCCUCUAUUACACUUUGCUUAAUUUGAGAGCACAUUAAUACUUAUCCCAGAUUGGACCAGCAGUAAAUAGAUGGAAGUGCUGAGAGAACUUGUUGCCUUGAGGUUUUCUGAAUGGAAUAAAAACAGGGAAGGAUUUUGUGAAGGAAACAAAUACGCUUAUUUUUUGUUCAUUAAAAUUGAAUAUAAGAAACAGCUUAUGUUUUCAAGAUAUUAAGGGGACCUGUCUUCUACAGUAAAAAACUAUUGCCAAAAUAUGGCUCCCAAUCAUUGAGCAUCUAAGUUGAUAGAUUCAUUUAGGUUCAGUUGUUGGAAGGGGAACUAGUUUGUUUAAGGCAUACUGGAUUCUUGGAAGGCUCAAGUUCAGUCCUCUCUUCUUUAUCUUCCCUAGCAACCCUGUUCCCCUGAAGAUAAAGACUUCAAUCCUGAAAGAGGCUCAUUUUCAAAAAAGGUGAUAAUAUUUGUAUAUGUUCUGCAGUAACCCAAUCACAUAAUAGGUUUUCAAUUGGUUAAGAUGCAACUCUUCUCUUUAGACUCAGUGGGGGUGUCUCACAUUACUCUGAUACGAAGAGAUUCACUCCCUGGUAUAGAAGAUAAGAAUUACAAAAGUUAUCAAGGUUGGUUAUGCAAUUUCUGAAGCUCAAAAAAACCAAGAAGUCUUCCUCACUUUUGUUCAGUUUUUUAGGCUCUUCCUUGGUGCCCUGUUUAUACAGUUAGGAUUGCCCUUUUUGUUCAAGAAAUCAUGUCACGAAAACUAAGUUCCAAAUUGAUUGUAGUUUGCUGUCAAGAAAAAAACAUUGAUACUUAUUUACAUAAGCUAUUUAUAUCUUUGCUGCAUUCAACUUAUAAAAAAUCUUUGUAAAUCUAAAAGCCAAGAUGUUAUUAGUUACCUUCUACAACUAGUCUCCAUCCUAUCAGCAAAUGUGCCCAGGGGUCAAAAGCCGUUUAAAUCAUGAUGAACUUUAGCAAUAUAAAUCAGAAUCAAAUUAAGAGGUAGGAAUAUUUUCUAAUUGACGAGUUUAACAUGGCAAGUUUUUGGACUAAAUUCCUAUCCAAUAUUUUCCACUAAUCUAUCAAUUUUGCAAUUAAUCAUAUAUUCAGUUUCCAUCCAUUAUUAAUCAAACAUGAUUUCUAUCAACUUAAUAAUCUAAUAACUAGCAAUGAAUUACAUAUAUAAUUCUAAGAUUUCGAGCAAUUAUAUCCAAAAGUCGAUUUUGUGAAGAUAGUUGUUCCUCCUCUAAAUUGACUUUAUUUCUUUUAGAAAGAGUUAUCCCAAUAUUCUCAUGUUUUAUCAUGACAAAGCCAUAAAAUCAAAUCCAUCACCUACUUAAAUUAGAAUAAUCAUAGCUAUAAAGAUACCAUAAAGAUUUUUUUUUUUUUAAGGUUAGAAAAAAGGUAUCAUUAAAACACAAAGGGGUGCCUCUCAAUUACAAAGAUAUUAAAGAUUACUCAUCGUACUCAAUAUAUUUUAUCAUUCAAGAAUAUCCAUGAAUCAUAGUCAAAUUAUCUCAUUGUUCAAGAUCUAUGAUUCUGUACCUAUAUCCACACAUUCUCAUUCUUUCUUUGUCUCUUGUCUCAAUCAAAAUGGCUGAUCCAUAAUUCCUUUGAAGCAUGGAAAACAUCUGUAGUCAACUAAAGUAUCAAAAUUAUCAUAUUCCUUUGAUAAGCUCAAAAUCACAUAAUAAACAAUAUCCAACCUGGAAGUAGUUAAUACAAGAAAUCCAUGCAUAAAGAGUUAUAUACAAAAUAAAUGAUCAUGCUAAAUCCAUGUGAACUUAAUCAUCAAAAUAUCUUGCAAGUUCUAGAACAAAAUAAAAGAGCAGCUAAAGUCAAUUUGCAUAAAGUAAGCAAAAACUGUCAUUCCGCCUCGGAGUCAACCAAAAUCCAUCAUCUAUAAUGCGGAAUGAAGCUUUUUAAUGAAAUAGAAUCAAAUUUAAUGAUGAACAAUUAUCUUGUACAAAACCAGAUUUUGAUAAAAUUGAUUGAAAUCAUAGAAUUGACUAUGUCACUGAUACUUGAUUAUUUAAUUGAUAGAUUGAUAUUGAAUCCUGUUUGAUUGAUUAUUUAUAGAAAUUGAAUAUAUGAUUAAUUGCAGCAUUGAUAUAUUACUAGAAAAUAUUUGAUACAAAAUUAGUCCAACUGUUUGUCAUGUUAACUCUUCUAUUUAGGAAAGCAUCCUCUUUGAACUUGUUAAACUGCUAAAGUCAUCAUGAUUUAGAUCUCGUGACUGUUGAGCUUCUUUGCUGAUAAGAUGGAGAUUAGCCAUUGGAACUAAUUGAAUAACAUCUUGGCUUUUUAAUUUUAAAUAUCAUUUGUAUUUGAAUGAAGGCAAAGUAUGAUACCUAUGUAGUAUGUAGGACAAAUACUUCUUUGUUUACAACGAAGUACAAUCAUCUUGAGCUCUUUGGUAGAAAUUUCUUGAAUAUUCCACUUACAACGGCUCCCCUAUAUGUGAAUAAGGGCACCAAGGAAGGGCCAUAAAGUGUGAAGGAAUAUGAGAUAGAUGUAUUGUGUUAUCAGCCUACAAAUUUUAUAAUUAACUUGAGAGAUCUUGAAAUUUUUUUCUUCCAUAUUGGUGUGUAAAUAUCUUUGUAAAAAAGAGCUUAUCAGACGACUUGGUAGAAACUAAGUUUAGGAGGAGUUGCUAUGCCUUAACCAAUUGAAAAGAUAUUGUCUAAUUAGGUUGUUCCUAAACUGUUAAAAAAGUAUUGUAAGCAUUUAGACAGUGGUCUUGAAAUCCUCUAGUAGAGGUGGUGAAGGUUGUGGAUGUAAUUCAGUUGGGAUCAAAACAACUCUAAAUCAAGAUGUUUGUUUCUCUAUGUUUUCAAUUUUUUGAUUUGCUGUCUUAAUUUGUGUUUGCUUAUGAUUUUUGAAUUAGAUAGAUUAACUUGGAUCAUCUCUUCAUCUUCACUUUAGGUGCUCUUUGUGUCAGAAUUAGUUAAUUGUUUCUCAUUAUUUUAUUUCAUCAUUAUUCUUUUGGAUUAGCCUGUCCAUAUCCUGGGGAAAUAAAAAUCAGCAGAUUAUAAUUGAUCACUUGGCCUUGCAUUAUGCUCUUUAACUGCAUGUAUAUUGGAUAUGAUAUAAGGUUUUUAGUAGCUUAAGUUUACAGUUUCUAAAAAUCUUCUUUUAUUAUUACUAUUAUUAUUAUUUUCUCCUCCUAGUUUACUAUUGUUUUUUUUUUUUUCAAAUGAGCUAGUAUAAUUUUGCACGAAGUUGGAUUUGGCACGAGGGUUCUUGUCUGAAGUCCCCCAUUCCAUCAAACACUCCAGGAUUGAGAAGCGGCACUGAUCUUCCAGAUGUAUAUUUUUCAUGCCUUGGUGUAGCAUUCUCCCCUGGAAAUCUUGUGGUUGCCAUGGUUCGGAGUUUCAAUGUAGAUCUAUUGGAUCAAAUGUACCAGGCCAGGUCUCAGAAGGCAGCUGUGGAAUUCUUCUGGACUGGUGCGCAAAAACUCAAUGUUCUAUCAAAUAAUUCCCUGGAGAUCAGCAUAGAAGCUUCUGGUUUUUCUGAGAAAGAACUGGUUUACUGGGAGUCUAAUUUUUUAUGGUCUUUGAAGCAAUUUGAUCAUGCAGAUAAGCCUCUUGUCGUUUGGGAUAUUGUAGCUUCACUAUUGGCUUUCAAGAGGUCUAUUCCAGAGUAUGUAGAGUACCUUGUUCUCAAGUGGCUAGGUAUCUCUUAUUUGGGAUCA